AAUCAGCAGACACUGUGAAGGAGAAGCAGCCCGGAGGUGCGCCACCUUCUCUCCAUCCGCAGCCGUCCUCCUCCUCCUCCUCCUCCUUCACUUUUCUCGCGGCCACCGAGCGAACAGACGAUCUGUUCCACCCGUCCGAGACCCAAAUGCCCGGUCCCACCCAAGCCCUGUCCCCGAAUGGAGAGAACAACAACGACAUCGUCCCGGACAACGGCACUAACAUCAUCCCGUACAGGAAGAACACGGUGCGGGGGGAGCGCGCCUACAGUUGGGGGAUGGCGGUCAACGUUUACUCUACCUCAAUAACCCAGGAGACGAUGAGCCGGCAUGAUAUCACGGCCUGGGUCAACGAUAUCCUCUGCCUGAACUACACCAAGGUGGAGCAGCUGUCCUCAGGAGCUGCUUACUGUCAGUUCAUGGAUCUGCUGUUUCCUGGAUGCAUCAGUCUUAAGAAGGUCAAGUUUCAGGCCAAACUGGAGCACGAGUACAUCCACAACUUCAAACUGCUGCAGGCGUCAUUCAAGAGGAUGAACGUGGACAAGAUUAUUCCUGUAGAGAAACUGGUUAAAGGCAGAUUUCAGGACAAUCUGGAUUUCAUCCAGUGGUUUAAAAAGUUCUUUGACGCCAACUACGACGGGAAGGAGUACGACCCGGUGGAGGCGAGGCAGGGCCAGGACGCCAUCCCCCCCCCUGACCCCGGAGAGCAGAUCUUCAACCUGCCAAAGAAGUCUCACCACGCAGCCAGCUCGCCCACCGCAGGAGCGUCCAGGUCGACCUCUACCACCCCAAAAGCUGCAACCCCUUCGUCCAGACCCUCGUCGGCCAAGAAGAUCCCUGUAGCUGCAGCCACUCCGGCCAAAGGAGAGAAGGAUCUGGAAGCACAGGUCACACAGCUGACCGAGCAGGUGAACACGUUGAAGUCUGCGCUGGAGGGAGUGGAGAAGGAGCGGGAUUUUUACUUCAGCAAGCUGCGGGAGGUGGAGCUGCUGUGUCAGGAGCAGAGCGAGGAGAACACCCCGUUCGUGGAUCGGCUCAUGGGGGUGCUGUACGCCUCCGACGACCAGGAGCGAGGGGAGCUGGCGGAGGGCGACGGAGCAGACGCAGAGCAGGACGCUCAGGAGGAGGGGGCGUACGACCAGCAGGAGGAGCAGGACGAGUACUGACCGCCGCCCCGCCCCCCUCACCAAGGCCCCGGCCCGCCCCGUCCCGCCCUCCUGUGAGUGUGUGAGAACUGUUGCAGGGUGGCGUCAGUCCUCCUGGUUUCACAUGAAGCACCAUCCCCGUCCCUCACCUGUCGUGUCCGUCUGCUCACUCUUCGUGAUUUUUUUUUUUUUUUUUUUUUUCUUUGUGACUUUUGGCGGGUCGGCGAGUUCGGACCAUGGCAGACGGCCCACCGGACAGGUGACCGUUACCUGUCAGUGUUACAACCCCCCAGCUUCUGUCCCGUUUAUCCUCUUAUUUUGCAUAUCAGCAUCUUUUCUCAGCAGAAUGCAAUAAGACAGUGGUUCCCAACCUGAGGUCUGGGACCCCCUCAGGUGCUGCUGGAAGGCACAGAGGUAUCUGGGCCGGGGCUGAGUUUGCUAUGAUUUUACUCUUUUAAUUUUUGAGAAAAAGAAUUCUGUAUUGGAAAAAAAAAAAAACAAAUAACUGGAAGGCACAAUAGAUUUAUUAAAACAAUAUUUUUCAAACUGGAUUUCUUGUGAGUGUAGUCACGAGCAAAUAAAUAAAAGGAAAGUACCUGUAAUGUAAAAUGUCAAAACUGUAACAGGGCCAUACAAAGACUGAGCACUUAUUCCAGAUCAAAAAGAUUAAAGAUGCAGUUUCAUCAAUUAUUUCCACAAACAGAAAUGUCUGAAACUGACCGAUAAUGAAAAUGUCUGAUAAUUCUUGCCUCUAGUCAGAGAAAUGAAAAAUAAUGAGACAGUGUUUCUUGAUUUGCUGGAAGCUUGAAUUAAAAUAUGUUUCCAAAGUGUGACAGAGACAAGUUAAAAUCAUAAAAUAGCCUAUUAUGAUUUUGUGUGAAGACACCAGAACAGUUUCAGACUGUGAAGAAUAACUGUGACUCCUCCCCUGAUCGAUCGCCUGCAUGAAGCGAUCUUUGUUUGAUGCUGGGUGGGCGUGUCCACCCGGCUUCAUUGUGAUGUUUCGGCCAAUCAGAGCUCGGAGGGGGUCCACAGCCCUCCUCAGGGACUCUGUCGGGGGUCCGUCCAGGAAGAGCAUGUUGGGAACCACUGCGUUAGCCCCCAGUAGCCCCUCUGACACCCCCCCCCUCCUCCUCCCUCUGUUGCACUGACAUGUGACUCUGUUUGAGGACAAUCUGUCCGCAGACCUGCUCCCUAUUUAUUCUUCUGAAGCCUUAGCCGUGAGGAGGACACGUUUGACUGUCGGACCGCUGAUCUGCUCACAAACCCACACAGGAAGUCAAGUCAGCCACACAGCGGGUUGUAGGUUCAAAUGCUCAGAAGUGUCGCUCGUUCAUGAUCGAAGAAAACUCUCCUGUUUUUUUUUUUUUUUGUUUAGAUUUUUUUUGAGAGAAUCCAAUCGGAUCGAGGAGAUAAUCUGUUUUUAUGCUGUAAAUCGUCCUCAUAGGUUUUCCUGAUGAUUCAUGGAGAUAGUUGACAUUCAUUUUCUUUCCAAUCAGAUGUCUUAUCUUUUUAUCAGCAUUGUGAUAUUUAUCUUUUUUUUUUUUUUCCUUUUUAGAAUUUAAUAAUAAUUUAAUAAGUGGUCCUGUUUUAAGUCUUUCACCAGCAGAGAGUCUGUGUGCAGCUCUCAGUUAUAAAGUUUCACGGCUCACAUCUGCUAUAAUCUGUAUUAAUCCACAUUUCGAAGAGCUUAUGUAUUGUCCAUAAUUGUUGAUCUUACAAUUUCCUGGAUUAUUGGCUCAAUGAAUACCUCUGAAUUACCAAAUAAUGUGUUACUGCUCAGCUAUCCUUUUUGGAUUUCCAUUUCUAAAUGGACAAGAAUUGCAAAGUUUAAUUAUCUCAGUCUUUUCUUUUUAACUAAGAGAACGAUAUCAGAAUUAAUUGACAUUUAUUUUAAUAUGAAUAACCUCUCUUCUGAAUUUUUUUUUUCAAAAUAUAAGAUUGGCACAGUAAAUACAAAAAUGAUGGGAUAAUGUUUGUCCAGUAACCCAGAUAUGUCAGAUUUACACUUUUCUGAAUGAAUGAAACCACAAAAACCUCAGAAUGACGAGAUAAUCUGUUUCAGCUGAACUACAGAGAAUAUUUUCAAUUUUUAAAAAAAUGAAAACAGGAGAGUUUUUCUUCCUUGAUGUGACCAUGUUGUAUUUCUGUUUUAACGGUUCACUGAGCAUUUUGUGUCAUUUUAUUAAAUUGUUUUUUUGUUUUGUUUUUUUUUCUGAAACCUGCGUUUUCUGAUGUGGAAGCAGGCAAUUCUCCACCAGGCUUCAGUCAUAUAUAUAAAUAUAUAUAUUACUGUGUAAAUGAAAAGGAAUGUAAACAUGUACUGUCAAUAAUUAAUGAAUGGUAACUGUUUUUUUUUAUUUUUCACUCAUUAUGCAUUCCCCCUAGAAAAGAAAGAAAGAAAGAAAGAAAAGGUGUUGCAUGUUUGCAUUUUCUUUGUGAAUAACUUGACCUGCUUUUUACAUAUUUAAUACAAAACCAACAUGUUAUGUGAGCUUUUUCUAUGUUUAACCUGCGAUUUGAAGGAGAUUCGGAUGGAUUUGCUGUAAUAAAAUUACAUUUUGAGUC